AUGGAGCGAGCGCCGCCGUGGUGCUCUAGGCAGCGUUUGCGGACGGUACGCUUGCCACGGAAGUCGUGCGAACGAGCGGUGGUCUCGGCACAUCGUAGGUCAGUAUUGGCAUUUUUCUUCCAUUUCUCUAUGGAUGUGACAACAACGCAUCCAGAAAAACUGCGAAAAUAUUAUGCAUUACUCGGUGAUCGAGCGCUUGAACUUCAUGAAAGUGAGAAAACGCAAAAGAAGAAGCGACAUCCUCGCCAUAUUAUUGAUAUGUCGACAUGUUUUAAUGUUCAUCGACAUUAUGAAGGAAAAUUGAAAUACUGUAUAGCAGUAAUGACACCUGACGAAACAUUUUUUCUGAAAGACGAGACAGACAUAGCAACCGACGAAUGGUUUGAUUGUCUAAUAUCUGUUUUAAUACCGUCGCGUGCUUUACAUCUUGGUAGACCUGUUCUUGCCUCAGAAUUUUUCGAAUAUGCUUGGGAUGUCACAAUUGUUAGUCAUCCGAAAUUAAAGAAACCUAUGCCUAAUCCAGACAAAAUACCAAAUAUGUGCAAGAAAGAGCCAUCUUGGAUGGGAUUUCAACGUCUUUGCUUUUAUCCUCAUACGAUUAUUCUAUGCAAGAAAGGUAUCGAACCUGCGGGUCUUAAGGAUCUCCAUCCUUCCUGUAUUCCGCCUUUUCGGCAAAAUGAUUUUACUGAACUUUCCCGGAAAUAUAUAGCAACUUUUGGAUGCCAAGAAAAAUAUUUUAUGAUGAGAAUGGGUCGCGCAUCGCCAUCAGGAACAGCUGAAAUAUGGGCGUUAUGUGAAAAUGAAGAAGUUGCAUCGGAAAUUCAUGACUGCUUAAAUAAAAUUAUCGAGAGAGAAAGUGAAAAGAAAAAAAAAAUAGUGAAUGGGUAA